AUGUCAACCUACACGCCCUCCCCGCACCGCUUCCUAGCACCCAAUCCGCCUUCGACCCAAAAGCUGAAGAAACCUCAAUCCGGUCUGCGCAACGCUCUCGCUGUACAAACGCCAGCAUCCAACAAACUAGCGCAGCCAAAAUCCGAGCUACCUCUUAAGAAACUGACGCCUGCGAAACGUUUUGUACUUGCGCCGCCACGACCAGCAAUUGGAGUCGCCAAGGAGAAGCACGGUGAAGCACACGAGGACACAUUCGCCCACUCCACGCCGCUUGCAAAGCCGCGAAGGAAAUUCGAGCGGAUAGAAAGCAUAGAGGAACCGUCUCAAUCAAGCCUGUCAGAGCAGGAUGAGAAUGAAGCAGACCGGGAAGAUGAGAUGCUUUUCGAAUCUGUCCAAACGAAUAAGCGUCGUCGCAUCUCUCCAGAAAGCUCUCCUUCGCUCCAAGGACUGUCUGAACCCUCUACACCGGUACCCGUAUCAAACGCAAAGACGCACCGUUUCAAAGUCCCCCCACCACAUACCCCUGCGCCAUUUCCUAGCAUUGCAGCAGUGACGUCCAUGCCAGCAGCUGCGCCGCAACGCCCGCAUUUCAUACUUCCCGCGCUACCUACAUCGCCACCAAAGCCCUCCCGGCCGCUCCCUGAGAUCUUCUCUCCUUCGCGCAAGAAUGGCAAAUACAUACCCAACGGUCUAGCAUCGACAGUGACGAGCUGGAUCAUAGAGACGGCAAAUACUGGUUUUGCGGCGCAGGACAGGAGUGCUAUGGUCUGUGGUGGUGAUAAGGAGGACGGCGUUAAGCUGCGAGUAAGGGUGACUACCCUGUCGAGAGGCGGGGACCAACCGCAGGAAGAUGAUAGAGUGGAGUGUUAUUCAGGUGGCAUCGUCUUUGCACGUGGCAAUACCGAGCCUGGCAUGUAUAAUGCUUCGAGAGCAGGGAGUACAGGGGCUGAAGAUAGCCCGAUAAGAAUCUUGCUAGCUGGUCAAGGCGGUGCUAGAGCCUCGGGAGGUGUGCUCGUCAAGACGGGGAGCGUGGUUGGUAUUCGCGCACCCAUGUGGGAAGUUGAUGUUGGAGAGGAUAGGUGGACAAUGGCCGUGGACUGGGUGCUAACAUGA